AUGUCUAAGGCCACAACCCUCAAGCUUAAUACAGAGGGCAGGAAUUCUGCCCUGCCAGCGUCAACGACUGCCGCAGAGACUUUGGAAACUCUCAAGGGGUCAUUGAUGGCCUUGGGUAAUACAUUUGAUGCACUGAGUGAUCAGGCGACCCAAAUGGUCUUGCUUGGUGGGGAGCUGCAGGCUGCCGGCGGAAUCAGCAGCAUCAAAAACGAACUACAAGCGCAGGAUAGGAAACAUUCAGAAUCAAUUGAAGAAGUCAAAGCCUUGAUGAAAUCUGUUUUGGAGAACGAUGUCAUAGAGCACUUAAGACAGCUUAUCGAAGACGGGCUACUUGAGGAAAUCGAUGAAAUUGUGGAGGAGCAUGUUGCCAAGUUGCUCCCACAUUUUGUUCCACAGAAUCUGCGAGACGAGAUCGCCGAAUAUAAGCAGAAAUUAGAGAAGAUGGAGUGGGAACUCCAUAACUCUGAAAGUCGGAGGCUCAAUGCGCAAUUGCGCACUUCUCGAAUGCACGAAGCCGUGCACAAGAUAUAUAAAUUGGACGGCACAGUCAGUACGUUGUUCCCCAAGGACUUUGGCAGUCUCUUUUCUAUGGAUGCCGAGACGGCGAAGGCGUUGGUGGAAGAAUAUGAAUUGCCGGGCUUGUCGAAAUCAAGGGACCACAAUCUGAAUCAUUUCAUGCAGUUUUGUGGUAUCGUGUAUCAAUUGGUGCGCAGUCCGCGCUCUCACUCGUAA